GGUUUGGGUCGCCUCGCCGGGAGAGCUCCAAUGAGCUGGGAAGACGAGGCGGUCGUGGAGGACAUUGCGGCGGCUGGUAGGCUUCUCAGCGACACUAUCAAUCGCGAUUUGCGAUGCUACGCGUCGGGAGAUCUUCUAGACGCUCUUGAUGCCGGGCGCUAUUCGAGCCAUCCCUAUGCGAGUCCACAGAAGGAGUGGCCUCCAUAUAUCGAUGUCUCGAAGAAGAGGGAGCUGCCGCCUCAAGUCAUGGAGUGCUACAAUGCUGGAGUUGGCCAAGGGAUGGCGUUUUGUGGGAUUUUUCCCACCAUAAGACGAGCUUGGGCUACUGUCGACGAGACUCUCUUUAUGUGGCGCUUUGAUAAAUGGGAUGGAACUUGUGUCGAAUAUAGCGGUGAAGAGCAGGCCAUUUGUGCUGUUGGCUUAGCGAAAGCGAAGGCUGGAGUUUUCGUAGAAGCGAUUCAGCACCUCCUAGUGCUUGCAACUCCUGUCGAGCUUGUGCUUCUAGGCGUCUGCUGCGGUGCUAGCAGCGACGGCAGUGAUGCUUUUUCCGAGCUUUCCUUACAACCAUUACCAGAGUACACGGUACCGACUGAUGGUGUCACCAUGACGUGUGUAAUUUCCACGGAGAAGGGACGUAUUUUUCUCGGUGGCCGUGAUGGGCAUAUCUACGAGCUGCUCUACACGACAGGGCUAGGAUGGCAGAGUCGCUGCCGUAAGAUUUGCCAUACAGGUGGCUUUGGCAGUAUGCUUUCAAGGUGGAUUAUACCGAACGGCCUCAAGUUUGGAGCGGCAGAUUCGAUUUUGGAAAUUGCCGUUGACGAUGAAAGAAACAUCAUGUACGCACGCACACAGGAGUCCAAGGUCCAAGCUUUUGAUCUCGGGAGAAACGGAGAUACUGCCCCGAAGAAAGUAGGCGAAGAAAAAAACUUUGGGGAUCAGCGAGACGGUCGUCACGGUAGCAUACGUAACACAGGUUCGCGUGGCACCAGUCGGGCUCCAAAGGCAACGGUGGUUUCUCUGGCUCCUCUCUCGAGUAUGGAAUCCAAGUGGCUGCAUCUGGUGGCUAUAGUUUCAGAUGGACGCAGAGUAUACCUGUCGACAACUCCGACCAUGGGCGGAAGCCAGGCUGCUGGUGGAACGAUUGCGAUGGAUCGUCCUUCGCUACUCAGAAUAGUGUCCGCAAGGCCAGGUCCUUCGGUUGGUGUUGGUGGAGGAAUUUCAUUAGGCAACGUUCUUAUCGGUACCAGGCCACAGGGUGACGGACUGAAAGUUCAAGAAGCUCAAUACUCAAGCGGAAACUUCUUGCUGGCCGAUUCGUCACCCUCUCCACGGUUGCUUGUGGCGCGCAAAGACUACACUUCUCCGUUGAUUCCUGGUGCGAGUUCGCCAUAUGGAGGGAUGGGUGCGAGUGGAAGAAACAUGCGUGCUUUGAGAGAAGUUGUGACAACUUUUGGAGCAGACGAGCAUACUUAUGCGAUCGUCGAUAUGUUGCCACCUCCGGAGCAGGCGGUGAUUGCUGAAGCAUUGGUAUGGGACUCCAGCACCCUUGGCUCUGGUGCUGUGGGAGAAGUAAGUAGAGCAAGAGCGCUGUGGGCUUUAGGAGAUCUUGCGACGCAACAUAUUCUUCCUAGACGGAGAGCAGUGAUCGCCAGUACGCGGGGCUUGACGGAGAUUGUCAUGAACCGGCCAGUGGACUUGCUGCAGCGGUUAUUCGAAUCGAACACCACGAGAGCGAUUCUGGAAGAGUUCUUUCAGCGCUUUGGAGCUGGCGAAGCUGCGGCAAUGUGUCUACUGCUGGCAGCUCGCAUUGUUUCUUAUGAUGAGAAGAUGAUAUCAACAGCGGUGGUUGAGAAGGCUGCCGAGGCGUUUGAAGAUCCAAGGCUGGUGGGAGUGCCGCAAAUGCAAGGAGGGGCUGCAACGACGACACCAGUUAAUACAGGUGGUGGAUUUAAUAUGGGACAGGUGGUGCAAGAAGCCGAGCCUGUUUUCUCAGGUGCACACGAAGGCCUCUGUUUGUGUGCUUCGAGGCUUCUCUGGUCCGUGUGGGAGCUACCAGUAUUUAUAGCCAAAGGUGACUCUGGAAACGACAUGGUGACGGACACAGGUGGAAUAAUCUCUUGUCGGAUAUCUCCGGACGCAAUGAAUACGUUGGAGGACAAGAUCAGAUCCCUGGAAAUGUUUCUCAGAGCUCGAAGGAACCAACGCCGCGGUCACUAUGGUCGGAUCAUGGGAAUUGGCGAUUUGUCAGGCUACGGAGAUCGAAAUGGUAUAAGCAGAAGUGAAGCUGGACACAAGCUUCAAUACGACACGCCUUAUGCGAGGUCCGGAGGUGGACUUCAAGCUGGUGCCAAGAGACAACGCGUUGCUUAUAGUCCUGCUGAGCUUACUGCCAUGGAGGUGCGAGGGAUGGAAUGCGUCAGAAGGUUGCUCCGGAGAUCUGCGGAAGCUCUGUUUCUACUGCAGCUUUUAUCUCAGCAUCACUUGACGAGAUUAGUGCAAAGUCUGGAAUCCGAAGUCUGCCGUCAGCUCGCGCAGCUUUCAUUUCAUCAGCUUGUCUGUUCUCAGGAAGGGGAAUACGUAGCUACGCGACUUAUUGGUGCUCUUAUGGAGUACUAUGUAUCUCCCGAGGGAAAAGGGACGGUUGACGACAUAAGUACGAAGCUACGCGAUGGAUGCCCGAGCUACUACAACGAGGCCGAUGAUAAGUUCUAUCAAGCCGUCCAGUGUUUGGAGAAGGCAGCAAACGCUAGAGAUGUAGAAGUCCGUGAGCAUUUGGCCAGAGAGGCACUUGACUUGCUGGCCAGGGUUCCUGAAACCGCAAAUUUGCUGAGCGUAUGCCCGCGUUUUGAAGAGAUAAGAUUUUACGAGGCAGUUGUCGAGCUUCCCCUCCGGAAGGCUAAAGCUUUAGAUCCUAACGAGGAUGCUUUUAAUGCGCAUAUCGACGAGAACCGGCGAAAGAUGGCGCUCGCAUCCAGACAGCAAUGCUACGAAGUGAUAACAAAUGCGCUUCGUUCACUGGUGCCGCAAACCGCACUCAACGGGAACGCAUCAAAGAUGGGCCCGCUGGAUGCAAAUGCAAGGAUGCGCUACGUUAGACAGAUCGUUCAGCUGGGCGUACGCUCACCAGACCGGGCUUUUCACGAGUACUUGUACGAGUCGAUGAUAGAGCUGGGGCUGGAGAAGGAGCUCCUCGAGCUAGCCGGACCGGACCUGGUUCCAUUUCUACAAGCCGCUGGUGAUUUCCAAACUGCAAAGCCUGCGAAGAGCCCCCGAGGAAUAACGUCGCCACCUUCCGUGAUCCAUCUGAUGAAGCCCAUCACUACACACCAAGCCAAGUACCUGGAGCUCCUCUCGAGAUAUUACGUGCACAAGAGACAGCAUGCGCUCGCGGCUUACGUUCUCUUGCGCCUCGGCGAGCGAAAGGGUGGCGAAGGCGGUGAGCAGCUCACGCUGGAAGCCAGGCACGAGUACCUCAGCCAUGCCGUGGUACAAGCCAGAAGCAUCCGCCACGGAGCUCUGGGAUCCAACGCGGAGGUCGGAGAGAGCGGCCUGCUGGAGCUCCUGGAGGGCAAGCUCGCGGUGUUGCGGUUCCAGCUUAAGAUACAGGCCGAGCUCGAGGCCAUUUCUUCUCAGAUGGCGAUGGACGCGUUCCCGCCGGAGGGCUUUGCGGACGACGAGGCCUUCCUCCGUGCCGCCAGGGAGAAAGCGCUGGAGCUGGGUGCCGAACUUAAGAGCAUCACACAGCUCUACAACAAUUACGCGGUUCCUUUCAAGCUUUGGGAGGUGUGCUUGGAAAUCCUCCACUUCUCACACUACACGAGCGACGCUGAGAACAAUGUCAUGCGCGAGACGUGGGCGAGGUUGAUAGACCAAGCCAUCACGAUUAAAGGCAUAGCCGAGGCCUGCACGGUGGUGAAGAGAGUUGGCCCCCAGCUCUAUCCCGGCGACGGCGGUAGCAUGCCACUGGAUUCUAUCUGCCUCCAUUUAGAGCGAGCAGCCGAGGAGAGAGUAUCAUCCAGCUUGGAAAUCGUUGGAGACGAGGACAUUCCACGAGCAUUACUGGCCGCCUGUCACGACUCCCCAGAGCCAGUACAACGAACUUAUGACCAGCUUCUCAGUAGUACUUCGGUGCUGCCAAGUACAGCGCUGCGGCUGCGGCUCCUCCGCUCGGCGCUCGCCGUGAUGCGCGAGUGGACAAUCCUGGUGCUGGCCCAGCGCAUUGGAUCCAUUGGCGGCAGCUUCUCCGGCUCUGACGAUUCAUCUGGCGUCCGGGACCGCCUGUGUAGCACAGUGAACAGGUACAUGACGGAAGUCAAGAGGCUACCGCUCUCUCCGGCCGCGGUUGAGCCCGUGUCCAGAGGCUUUAAAGAGUUGGAAGAGAUGCUUCUCGGCUCGCAGUCCCUCCAGCUACAUUAACUUUGUAGAAGACAACUACGUGGUACCAUAGCUCCUUUUCUUCGCAACGGAGGAACAACUUGUUUUCAAGUUAAACGUCAACAAGCAAGCAAGCUGGAAGAGAGAAAGAAGAGCAAUAUUUACAGAAGAGACGCGCUGGAUCGAUAUCCAUCCGUGUGUGUGUGUGUGUGUGUGUGUACCAUAACUUGAAAAGUGGCGGGGAUCUUCUCUGGCAGCACAAGUUUUAUGAGUUUGGUUCCUUCAAUAUCUCGGGACAGUGGUUGUUGACAUGGUGGGCAUACCUCAUUGAUAUCAAUGGUGAAUGACUCCAUUCUUUUCU